ACUUUCGACAUAUUUGAUAUGUAGGCUACGGUUUUUAAUUAUUGUUAUUUAGCAACAUUAUAGAAAUGCAGCAUUAUUCCGAAUAAUAUACAUAGUCUCAUAUCCUUUCAUUUUCUGUGAAGAUGAGUUUCUUCAAUACGUAUAUAUAUAUAUAUAUAUAUAUAUAUAUAUAUUCUUAUUUUUUCACGAAAAUACCACCUGCUACGGUCAUUUAGAGUGGCCUUGAUAGGUAGCCAGGGAGCUAACAUGUGAGCAGCUUUGUCUACUGGACUGACAUGUUCGCUGUCCGUAACAAAAACAAACUGUUAGCAUUAAAUUUCCUUGAAGAGACAGGUUUAGACUAUAUUAACGUUAUUUACAUUUCCGGCUUUUGCAAACAGGUUAACAUUGAAGCUAAAGUUUAGCAUGUCCUCUGUCAGCACUAACUACAAGUUUUAGUAGACAUCAACAGGACAUACAGCAGAUUUAGUACAAAAUGUCUGCUUGUAAAAGGUUGCUUUACGUUGUAAAGCACAGAAGCUUAUGGACGCAUGUUCGGAGGAAUGUCACAACAUGGUCUCCUGUUGGAGCGGCGUUCAAUACCAAAACUCAGAGGAGGUUGAACCUGUUCGAGAAAAACGGGGGUUUGUUUGGAGUGCCAGAGCUGAGCUGCCCUGCAGGCUUCCAGGUAGCCACAAAGACCGCUCUCAAGAACACAAAGCGUCUGGUGGAAAAGGCUUGUUCUUGUUCUCCAGGGGUUGAGACAGUCGAGUCUUUUGACCAGCUGUCAGAUGGUUUGUGUAAAGUGGCUGAUCUGGCAGACUUUGUAAAAGUAGCACAUCCAGAUCCGGCGUUUCGUGAGGCUGCAGAGAAGACUUGCAUAGAGAUUGGCACGGUUGUGGAGAAGCUGAACACUAAUGUUGAGCUGUGCAAGAGCCUAAAACAGUUGCUGGACAACCCAGACAUUGUGGCUCAGCUGGACCCUGAUACGAGACGAGUGGCAGAGUUGUUCAUGUUCGAUUUUGAAAUCAGCGGAAUUCAUCUGGAUGACAAACUGCGGAAAGAAGCAGUUUCCCUUCACGUGAAGCUGUUGGACCUAAACAAUGAGUUUCUGGUCGGCUCUCACCUGCCCAACAGAAUUGCGAGGUCUGCAAUUCCUGAGCAUCUACACCUGCACUUUGCAAAUGAAGGGAGCUUCCUCCAAAUUGGGGGAUUACAUGCAGAUUCCCCCGAUGACUUGUUGCGAGAAAUUGCCUACAGGAUUUACCUCUAUCCAAAUGCAGACCUGAUGGAUUGUCUGGAAGAGCUGCUGAAAUGCAGAUACACACUGGCCAAACUGGUGGGCUACAACUCCUACGGACACAGAGCCCUGAAGGGAACGAUGGCCAAAACACCAGAGACGGUGAUGAGCUUUCUUCAGUUGUUAACAGACAAGCUGUCAGACAGAACAGCCAAAGACUUUAAGAUGAUGAGGGACAUGAAGAAAAAACUCAACCCUCGUAAUUCUGAGCUCAUGCCGUGGGAUCAUCCGUUCCUCAGUGGUGUCUUGCGUGCUGAGAGGUACAACAUAGAGCCCAGUCUGUACAGUCCGUAUUUGUCUCUGGGCGCCUGUAUGGAGGGUUUGAACAACCUCUUCUCUCAGCUGUAUGGUGUGUCCCUCAUGUCCGAACACCCCAGUGCUGGAGAGGUCUGGAGCGAGGACAUCCGCAAACUGGCUGUGGUACAUGAGACAGAGGGAUUAUUGGGAUAUAUCUACUGUGACUUUUUCCACCGGCCAGAUAAACCUCAUCAGGACUGUCACUUCACCAUCCGUGGCGGCCGCUGGAGCCAGGAAACAGGUCAGUACCAGCUUCCAGUUGUGGUGCUGAUGCUGAGUCUGCCCCACCCCACCAAGAGGACCCCCACCCUGCUUACUCCGGGCAUGAUGGAGAACCUCUUCCAUGAGAUGGGCCACGCCAUGCACUCCAUGCUGGGACGCACUCGCUACCAGCACGUGACAGGAACCAGAUGUGCGACAGACUUUGCUGAAGUCCCCUCCAUCCUCAUGGAGUACUUUGCCACUGACUAUAGAGUCAUCAGCCAGUUUGCACGCCACUAUGAGACUGGACAGCCUCUUCCUGAGAGUAUGGUUGCUCGCCUGUGUGAAUCGAAGAAGGUGUGCGGAGCUGCAGACAUCCAGCUGCAGAUUUUCUAUGCUGUCUUGGACCAAAUCUACCACAGCAAACCUCAGAACCGCUCCACCACAGACAUCCUGAAGGAGAUGCAGCAGAAAUUCUACGGCUUGCCUUAUACGUCCAAUACGGCAUGGCAGCUGAGAUUCAGCCACCUGAUUAGCUAUGGGGCCAAGUACUACUCCUACCUCAUGUCCCGGGCCGUGGCCUCAAUGGUGUGGAAACAGUGCUUCGUUCAGGAUCCUUUAAACAGGGACAUGGGUGAGCGUUACCGUCGAGAGAUGCUGGCCCAUGGAGGAGCCAAGGAGCCCAUGCUGAUGGUGGAAGGGAUGCUGCAGAGACAGCCCACCAUUGAGGACUUUGUGGAUGCGCUGGUGUCUGAGCUCAACCCGAACUUUGAGACCUUCAUAAUGGACUCUGAAAGCUGAAAGAUGCCUCUGUCGUCAUGGAAAUGGACUUGAACCUUUACAAGAUGAUGCAGCAGGGUGCACGCUCAUUCUUGCUAAGCAUCUUUACUUAGUCUGUAAAUGACUUUCUAGCAUUUUAUACAUGUAUAUUGCUGGGCUCUCUUAAAGUCACAUUGACUUAUUUGAUAUAUUUGGCUAAUUCUGCUGUCGAUAUAAGGUUAUAUGGUAAGAAUUAAAGACUUGCUACCAAACCCUGAAAACUCCUGAUUAUCUCUAUCUCUGUUAAUAUGGAUUGUUGCAGAUUGUGGUAAACUGUGUCCCACUCACAGACACUUUAAUGGUAUUUCAACAGUAACUUGUGCCAGGCCACAUACUGUUGAAUAUCAUAAAACAAUUUUGAGUUUGUGCAUGUUUUUUUUCACCUUAUGUCAGCACUCAACUUUGUUCAAAAUGCAAAGAAGAAUUUACUCUGUAAUGUAACAUAUCCCUAUAAAUAUAUUCAGUUCA